GGCAUCCAUAAGGAUGAAACGUUAUGAUAUCACCGGAUGAAGUGAUGCGAGAACUUGUCAACUUUACCGAUAACAUUAGACAUGUUUAAACGAUAGGAUAUUCUUUCAGCGUGUGAAUCUAAGCUGUUAACAUCAUGAAUAUAUUUCUCGGAGGAUUUUAUAUAUUGUGUAUAUUUUGUGCACUAUUAUUUUUUUACACAAGAUCUAAGACUAAGGCCGUCACAGAUGCCGGAUUUCAACAAUUUCAAAGAACCUAUUUGGUUGUUUAUCUUUUAGCCAUGGCUGGAGAUUGGUUACAAGGUCCCCAUGUGUAUGCCCUGUAUGCUAGCUAUGGCAUGAGUACUCAUCAGAUUGAGGUGUUGUUUGUGGCUGGCUUUGGCUCCAGUAUGAUUGUGGGUACAGUUGUUGGGUCAUUUGCUGAUAAAUAUGGAAGAAGAAACAAUUGUAUUCUGUAUGGAAUCUUAUAUGGAGCAGCAUGUAUAACCAAGCAUUUCAACAAUUUUUGGAUACUGAUGUUGGGAAGACUACUGGGUGGAACAGCAACAUCUAUUUUAUACAGCGCUUUUGAAUCUUGGCUGGUCUAUGAGCACAAUAAGAGAGGUUAUGAUUCUGAACUUCUUGGUAAUGUCUUCAGUCAUGCCAUUCUAGGAAACUCGUUGGUUGCCAUCACAGCUGGUAUAGUAGCCCAGUAUUUUGCUGAUAUGUUUGGAUUUGUGGCACCAUUUGAUGUAUCACUGACUAUUUUGAUGUUGAUGUGUGGUAUUGUGAUAUACACCUGGCCAGAAAACUAUGGUGAUCAAAGUAUAAAUGUUGCCAAAUCCAUGCAGAAUGCUGUCCAAGCUAUAAAAUCAGAUUAUAAGGUGCUAUGUCUUGGCCUGAUCCAGUCUCUGUUUGAAGGUUCUAUGUACGUCUUUGUAUUAGAGUGGACACCUGCUUUGACCCCACCUGCCCCGCAAUAUAAAACACGUGACUUGGAUUCGGAGGAUAGUGCACCCACCAUACCUCAUGGUCAUAUAUUUGCAGGUUUUAUGGUCUCAAUAAUGAUAGGAUCGUCACUUUUUAAAUUAUUAAUGAAAUAUACAACACCAGAGUCUUUUAUGAGACCUGUGUUAUUUGUAGCUGCUUUAACAUUAGCCACGCCUAUUUUAUUUGCUGGUAACCAGCUUGUCAUUUUCAUAGCAUUCCUAGUGUUUGAAGUAUGUGUAGGUAUGUUCUGGCCAUCCAUGAGUACCAUGAGGGGGAAAUAUGUCCCUGAAGAAACACGUGCAACUGUGAUGAACUUCUUUAGAAUUCCAUUAAACUUCAUUGUCGUGCUCAUCCUUCUACAGAAUCUUGAUAUGGCAGUCAUAUUUCAAUGCUGUGUAGCGUUCCUAUUGUUGGCAACAGUAUUCCAGCAUUGGCUUUACCACAGCCUGAAAUUAAAGAAAUUUGGAGGCUAUAUAUAUAAUGAGGUUGAUUCAACCAUAAAGACAAUCAAGAACAAGGAAAGCUGAGUUUGUACAGAUACCACAGGAAGGGGAUGAACAGGUGGUUUAGGCGAGCAGUUAAUCAAGAGUGGUUUAGUUCUAUUGUUAUAUUUAUUCACUUAUCACAAUAAAUUUAUGUUGUUAUUUAAUGUAUACUCAAUCUAAGAAGGAACACAAACUGCAUUAUUUCUUUGUAUAAUUCAUUUUGGUUUACUCAAAAUUAUUUUCCUUUAAACUUUCUCUUGUGAUUACACUCGAUUGAAAAAUAAAUGAAUGAGAAAUUUUUGUACAGAAUAUUUAUUAUGAAGAAACUCUACAAUUAAUUAGCUAAACUAGCUGUGAUGUAAAAUUUAAGUUGAUCCAACUCAAAUGAAAUACAUAAAAUACUAUUUGCUGUAUGUAUUUCUUUCUAAAUUGGGUAUUAAUUGGUUUUAAUUGGUUGCACACACUAUUUAUCAAGAUAUUUUUGCUAUUGUCUCUUGGACUGUUAUGGUGUUUAUAUGUUAAAGAAUUACUUAUGUAACAGAAGUCACAGACUGUGAUAUUGUUGUUAUUUAAGUGACAUGGAAUUUGUUAUCUUAUUCUGAUAUAUUUUCAUUCCAUGUGCAAUAAUUGUUAGGUUUUUUGGGUGUUUUUUUAUUCUUCAACAAUUCCAGUAAUUUCACUGGAAAUAUUUUUUAUUAGAGAUGUAAGAUUUACAAUUCUGAAAGUUUUCACAAUGAGCUUCAUGUUUUGUGGGUUUUUUUUAUUACCUAGUGAUUUAAGUUAUUUUUUUGUUUAUAAUGUUUUACAAUUUACUUGAUUUUUUUAUUGAUUAUUGUUACAAGGGUUUACUUCUGGUUUAGGUUUUAAAAAGUUAUAGGUGUAAAAUAGAACUCUAGAUGGUAAACUGUGCAAACUAUUUCAAAGCAGUGCAACUCUCUUGUUUUUGUCUCAUAAAAUAUACAGUGCUCAAGAGAAAAAAACCCAGUUCUUUUCUGGGUCUCCCUUCCUACCCAAUUUAACCAGCCCAAGACUUUGUAUUUGCCUUCCCUUUUUACAAAAAAAUUGUUACAAUAUGUGUAUUGCACUUUAUUAUGUAUAGAUAUAAAUUAUAUACCUACCUAGCCUCCUUUUUAUUUGGUGGUAGUGGUGGGGGUAGGGGUCAGAGAAACAGAUCUCUUUUUUGGGGUUCAUUAAAGUUUACAUCAGUCACCAGCUUGUUAAGAUUUGGUAAACAUUACAAGCUCAAUUUGAAUAUGGAUAAUUUGCUGAAUUUGGAUAGUUAAUAUAAAGUUUGCUGAAUUUGGAAAGCAGAUAUGUUUGCUGAAUUUGGAUAGUU